GAUUACAGAUUGAAGUAAAGCCCUUGGUCAAGUUCACCAGUAGGGAGUUCAGCUUGAAGAGGAUGCCGUCCCGAAAACAGACAGGGGUCUUCGGAGUCAAGAUUGCUGUGGUCACCAAGAGAGAGAGGUCCAAGGUGCCCUACAUCGUGUGCCAGUGUGUGGAGGAGAUCGAGUGCCGCGGCACAGAGGAGGUGGGCAUCUAUCGGGUGUCCAGAGUGGCCACGGACAUCCAGGCACCGAAGGCAGCUUUCGACGUCAAUAACAAGGACGUGUCGGUGAUGAUGAGCGAGAUGGACGUGAACGCCAUCACAGGCACGCUGAAGCUGUACUUCCGUGAGCUGCCCGAGCCCCUCUUCACUGACGAGUUCUACCCCAACUUCACGGAGGGCAUCGGGCCCCAAGGCUGAUGGUUGUUUUGGGUCUACAGCUACGUCUUAC